AUGUUGUCCAACGUACUCGAAUCUUUGAAGCGUUUGAACACCCCCGCUGAGCGAUGGGGCUCUAGCUUCCGUGUUCAGAUUAGAAACAAGUACGGGCAAGUCGUAUACAUAUCUUCAUUUUCGAAAGCAAGCAACCAUAAGCUACUCGCAAAGCAGUACAACCUUUCAGAGUCGCGAGUUCACAGGAACUUUUCCAAGGACUACAAGCGUCCUGGGUCGCUCCGCCUUGAAGAAUCAAUCGAAAGCAUUUAA